CCACUUCGAGAUAUACGAAAAGGGGUGAUCAAAGCCCUCGGGAAGCAGCAUGGUCCGGCCAGCGUUCGGCUUUGCCAGUUUGGCUCUUACAGCCAGCUCAGCGGGAGCUGCCUCUAACUACAACAUCGUCGAUGUGUUUGACUCCACCAACUUCUCCAACGUGUUCACCUCCUUCACUCAGCCAGACCCAACACACGGUUUCGUCAAAUACGUCGAUGCUGCCACGGCCAGCCGCGACGGCCUAGCAGGCUUCGCGCAGGGCGGUGUCUACCUCGGCGUCGACUACACCAACAUCACCACCACCGGGCGCCCUUCAGUCCGCGUCACGUCCAGAACGUCCUACACCAAGGGACUCUUCAUCGCAGACAUUGCCCACAUGCCCGCCGGCGCAGGAGGAUCCGGCUCCCAGAUCUCCAACUCGGUCACGCUCCACACCGGCCCGGGCUGUUCCGUGACCAACGCAGGCUCACUCCCCGGGACCAAGCUCUCCCCCAACUGCCAAGGCAACGAGGGCUGCACCCAGCACAACCCCGGCGUCUCCAACAACUACGGCGCCGGCUUCAACGCCGCAGGCGGCGGCGUCUACGCACUCGAGUGGACAGACGCCUCUAUCAAGGUCUGGUUCUUUUCGCGGGGCAGCCCUCUCGCCACUCAACUCUCCUCCACCACCACCAACAAUAACAACUCCCCCCCAUCACCAAACCCAUCCACCUUCGGCACACCCCUAGCUGCCUUCGUCGGCAGCCCGUCAAGCUGCCCCCUCGCCAAGCACUUUGCCAACCACAACCUCGUCUUAAACACGGCCUUUUGCGGCGACUGGGCCGGCAGGGUGUGGGCUGCCGACCAGACGUGCGCGGCGCUGGCCGCCCGAUGCGAGGACUUUGUCGGCGCCCACCCCGAGGCGUUUACCCAGGCGUAUUGGCUGGUUAACACGAUUCGGGUGUAUCAGGUUGCUGGUUCUUCUGGGGUAGAGAUAGCGGCGAGGGAGGAGGAGAGUCAGGGCGGUGCGGCAAGGACGAGCAUGGGGAGGAGGGAUGUUGCUGGGAGGAAAGAAGGGGUUGUUGAGGCGAGGCGGCGGUGGGCUUGAGUUUUCCUCCUAAUCCGUUUCUUCUUUCUGGCGGGGUUUAUGGAGGGAUGGGCUGGUUAUGGGUUUUGCUUUUUUCGGGGUUAUGGAAAGUGGGUUGUUGAGCCGGUAUAGCAGGGUGUGGUGCUUCAGCACGAGGCGUUGGGAGAUUGUAAUGGUCAAUAAAGAGUGGUGAGGCGUGUGGGUUUCUGGCAGUGUGCCCUAUGGAUACCUGAGGAACAUGUGGUUAGCUACUUCACCUAGUGUGUAUUUCUGAGCGUGUAAUGGCCAAGGGCAGGUUUGUUUUCGUUUUAGGUUUCACAUCAACGGGGCCGCGUCGACUUGGAGGCAAAUUUCCUGGCACUGAGCCAGGGCCCUUGCCUAUCGUUAUGCUUAAAGGCAGGAUCAGAACCGCAAAUGUCA